GGUGCCUACAAAUAAGGGGGCAGGUAGUGUUUUGUAUUCUGUUCAGUGCUGGCGCCAUUCCAUAACAGUCAAUGGACUCUUCUCCGAUUUCAAGGUUCCGCUGCUUCGACCCCACCAACUCCUACACCACCACCACCACCACACCCAAUCACACCCCAAUUCCCCGCCACCGCAACAACUACAAGGGCACUUUGGCAAUUUCCGUCAACUCCGAGCCCAAAAUCGUCUCCGGCGAAGCUGGUUAUGUUCUUGAGGACGUUCCUCACUUCACCGAUUACAUUCCUCACCUCCCUACAUAUCCGAAUCCGUUACAAGACAAUCCUGCCUAUUCAGUUGUUAAGCAGUAUUUUGUUAAUGUAGAUGAUACGGUUGCUCAACAGAUUGUUGUUGCGAAGGAUAGUCCAAGAGGGACACAUUUUCGUCGUGCUGGACCUCGUCAAAAGGUGUAUUUUGAAUCAGAGGACGUGCAUGCAUGUAUUGUAACAUGUGGUGGUCUAUGCCCUGGUCUAAAUACAGUGAUUAGGGAAAUAGUAUGUGGAUUAUACCACAUGUAUGGUGUCCACAAAGUUCUUGGGAUUGAGGGAGGUUACCGAGGUUUUUAUGCUCGAAAUACAAUUCCUUUGACACCAAAGGUGGUGAAUGACAUCCAUAAACGUGGUGGCACCAUCCUUGGGUCAUCACGUGGAGGCCAUGAUACCUCUAAAAUUGUUGACAGCAUUCAGGACCGGGGAAUUAAUCAGGUUUACAUAAUUGGAGGAGAUGGAACUCAGAAAGGGGCUUCUGUGAUUUUUGAGGAAAUUAGAAGGCGUGGCCUUAAAGUUGUGGUGGCAGGAAUACCAAAGACCAUUGACAAUGACAUUCCGGUUAUAGACAAGUCCUUUGGUUUUGACACUGCAGUUGAGGAGGCUCAACGAGCUAUUAAUGCAGCCCAUGUUGAAUCAGAAAGCUUUGAGAAUGGUAUUGGAUUUGUCAAGUUAAUGGGCCGCUACAGUGGAUUCAUAGCAAUGUAUGCUACUCUUGCUAGCCGAGAUGUGGACUGUUGCUUGAUUCCCGAGUCACCCUUUUAUCUUGAAGGACCUGGUGGGCUAUUUGAAUUCAUUGAGAAAAGAUUGAAAGAACAUGGACACAUGGUUAUAGUAAUGGCUGAAGGUGCAGGACAAGAGCUGCUUUCUGAAAGCAUUCGCGCCAAUGACCAACAGGAUGCUUCUGGUAAUAAGCUACUCAAUGAUGUGGGUCUAUGGAUAUCUCAGAGGAUUAAGGAUCACUUCAAGAAACCGAAGAUGGCUAUAAAUCUCAAAUAUAUAGAUCCCACUUACAUGAUACGUGCUGUUCCGAGCAAUGCAUCUGAUAAUGUUUAUUGCACCCUCCUUGCACACAGUGCAGUUCAUGGUGCAAUGGCAGGGUAUACAGGCUUCACAGUUGGCCCUGUUAAUGGAAGACAUGCUUACAUACCAUUCCGGCGGGUGAUCGAGACACAAAACAAGGUUGUGAUAACUGACAGGAUGUGGGCAAGGCUGCUGUGUUCAACCAAUCAGCCAAGCUUUUUGGACCAUAAAGAUGUCGUCGGAGACGAGAAGGAGGAAGUACCACAAGUCCAAUCAAUAAAUGGGGAGAACCAUUUAGAAGCAAGAGCAACUAAGCAUAGAGAGCCGAAAGAUGUCACUGAGGACACAAGAGAGGAAGAACCACCAAUCCUGCUAGUAAAUGGGAACAGCCAUUUAGAAGCCAUAAUGGCUAACCAAAAGUGACUAGCAGCACCAAUUCAAUUUGAGCAGCUGCUAAUUUUAAGUUAUCUGUCAUUGGGGGUACCCCUAUUCUUUAUCUUUUUGUUGCAUGCUGAUAUAAGUUCUACCAAGUGAACCCUAUACCCAGUGGUGAUUCAUAUCAUUUUAGUGUGAAAUUACCCUACCAUAGAUAGGGGCUACAAUACUUUCAUAAAGAACCACUGUAUAUUAUUCUGAACGGUGGUUAUGACAAUAUUAUACGGGAAUAUACAAUUA